AUUCUUUAAUUCGUCUAUAACAUGGUGACACAGUUGUGUCGUAGUGGGUAUUGUUCCGGAAUUACCUGAAUAUUUUAAGAUUGGACUCUUCCGAUCUCACUGACGAAUAGCCACCUAGCAUAUAAUUCUUCUCUUUGAAAACAGAGCUAGCCGUUUCGUUAGCAUUGCUAGCUACUGUUAGCCAUAAGGCUACCGUGUUUACAACAUUAUCUACCAUUGGGUGGCGUAAGGAAUCCUAAACUAACGCGAAACAUUUACAGUAACUGCUUGCAAUUAUUAUUUUGGUUCGAAUUGUUGUUGUCCGUAAAAGCCCCACAUCUUUCAAGCCCAUAUGGAAUCCGGAGGUUAGGACAAGUCAGGUGUACGUGUACCCUCGGUAGCAAAGUGGUCAGAAUUCAGGAGCAUCCCUGAGCACUGGGGUGCUGAGAAAGGCAGUGUGCCUCCCCGGAGAUGAUUUUAUAGAGCACCUGCAACAGAGUGCUAUUUUUCAUUAACGGAAGUGAAGCCUGGUUAGUCGUUGGCGGUUCACAUGGAGGCCAAUUAUCAAGAUGAUCAUGUUAGGAAACCCAAAGAGACUGAAGCUCAGAUUCUGGCAUGUGAAACAGAACAUAACGUUGAACUGGAGAACACACAAACAACAAGCAAUAAUCUUAAUGGUCCUAUAACAUCUGCUUUGUUGCUGAACGGAAAUGAAACUGUGGCUCUCUCUAAUGCAGCCGUGGACUCCCUUGUAAACGGUUCCCUGCCUUUGAGAGGUCCUCCCCAGAGCGCCAGCUCCCCCAUCAACUCACAGACACAAGAGGGCUCUCCAGGUGUGGCUUCUUGUCCACCCAUGAUGCUAGAGAAGUCUGAAGCUAGUGCUGAUGUCACGGUUCACAAGGGUGAUGCUUUACAGUCCCUCAGACUCAGUAUGCCUAUGCAGGAGACUGAAUUGUCCAACCAGAAACCAUCCCUGGAGAUGGAAAAUGAGGAGAAGAUUCGUUUGGAGGCUCGCAGGCGUCUGGAGGAGCAGCUCAAACAGUACAGGGUGCAGAGACAUAAGGAGAGGUCUCACCGCUCAACUAAAAGCAGACCAUCCAGUACUCUAGAUCCAGAACUAAUGCUUCAUCCUGAGGCAUUACCCCGGGCUAACACUGUCGCCAUGACAAAAGAGUAUACCGGUACCUUCUUGCGGACCAGUGUCCCACGUGGUCCCAAGCUGGGUAGUCUUGGAAUUCCCUCUCCAAAAGAGAAGAAGCCUAAGUCUCCUCGUCCUAAUAAGAUCUACUCUUUGGCUGAUUAUAAAUCUCCAGAGAAUGAUGGCUAUGUUGAAGGAGGAGGCGGUGGUGGCUUGAAGAGGGCAGAUAACUCCACAGCCUCCCUGCAGUCCACCGUUAGUUCUGUAUCCACACUUUCCGAGGUCAGUGUGAUGUCAGAGGGCGGCACCUACCAGGCUUCUCUGAAGGCCCAUGACGGCGUGUCGGAAAUCGAUGGAAGCGAGUUGGGAAUGCGACAAGGGAAUGACGGAAACGACAGUGACAGCUCUUCCUACAGCAGCGUGUCCACAAGGGGCAUGCUCUCCGAUGCAGUGGAGCGGCAGCAGGCACCAUACAAUGUGGAGGGGAGGGAGAUUGCCCCUGAAGCUGUAGGGCAUUUCCCAAGUCUUCAGGAGGUACUGCAGGCAGCCAGCGAAGAGCAACAACUCCUGGAGAUGGAGCAAGAGAGAGAAGGGACUGCAGAACCUCGAAGCCGCAGGGACAGUUUUUCCAGCAGCGUUUCAUUGGAAAGUUCUGUGAUGGGUCAUGAUGAAAUGCUCCAGGUGCUCAAGGAGAAAAUGAGACUUGAAGGUCAACUGGAGUCUUUGUCAUCUGAGGCCACUCAGGCUCUUAAGGAGAAAACUGAACUUCAAGCUCAGCUUGCUACAGUUAAUGCUCAGCUGGAGGCUAAAAAAGGGGAAGCACAAGCUAGCCAGGAGAAGCAGGGGGCUCUCACCGUAGAACUCGGCACUCUUCGGCAAAACUGCACUCAGCUAGAAAAGGCUAUGGUGGAGCUCCAGGCCAGUCUGGAGAGUAAAAACGCCGGCCUGACUUCUCUGAGCAACGAUUUGAAGGUUUCUGAGGACCAAUACAACAGGCUGAUGGGGAAGGUGGAGGAGCUGCAAAAUGCUGUGAAUUCAAGGGACAAUACAGUUCAAGAUUUGCGCCAGCAGAUGGCGGGUCUUCACGGCCAGCUUCAGCAGGUGCAGCUGGAGCGCAGCACCCUGCAGAGCCGACUCAAGACUUCCCAGGCUGAGAUCGAUUCGCUUCAGCAGGUCAGACAGUGGUACCAACAGCAGCUAGCGCUAGCUCAGGAGGCCAGAGUACGGCUGCAAAGUGAAAUGGCCAACAUGCAGGCUGGACAGAUGACUCAGAUUGGCGUUCUGGAGUAUUUGAAGCUGGAAAAUGUGACACUUUCAAAUCAACUCACUGAGACCCAACAUCGCUCAAUCAAGGAAAAGGAGCGUAUUGCUGUACAACUACAAAGCAUUGAGACAGACAUGCUGACUCAAGAAGCUGCAUAUAAACAGAUCCAGGAUGCAAAGACUAUGGUGGAAGACGACCUGCAGCGCAAGCUAGAUGAGUUUGAAGAAGAGCAAGAGCGAUUAACAAAAUUAGCCAACACAGCUAGCUCCUUAGAAAGGGAACUUGAGCAGGUCAAAUUAGCCCUUUCCCAAAAGGACAUCCAACUGCAGUCGCUUCAGAAGGAACAUCUGGAACUGAUGCGUCAGAUGACAGCCACUCAGGAGAACCUACACACCAAAGAGCAGGCCAUUGGCCAACUAGAAGCUCGUUAUCAGGAGCUUGAGGCUGAGCUUUCAGAGCUGCAGUCGGAGAACAAUGCCAAGGAUGACAACAUCCGGUUCCUCCAGAAUGAAAAAAUCGUUCUGGAAGUUGCACUUCAGGCAGCACGGGCGGACAAGAGUCAGCUGGAUGAGGGGGCUGAACGUCUGGGAGAGGAUAUUCUGGUGGCCUCAGAUGUGUUGGACCAGCUUAGACAGGAAGUUCAAGUCAAAGCCAGUCAGAUUGAAAAUCUACAACAAGAAAACAGCUCGCUGAAGAAACAAGCCCAGAAGUUAAAGGAGCAGUUUCAUCAGCAGAAGGUGAUGGUGGAAGCUUAUCGCAGAGAUGCCAGCUCUAAAGACCAGCUCAUCAGUGAGCUCAAGUCCACCAAAAAGCGCCUGCUGCUGGAGAUGAAGGACUUGAAGCAGGACCUUCUGGGUGCUCAGGGUGAGAAGCAGGCGGCAGAGCUGGAGCAGGCCCGUCUGCAGAAGGAAGUGCUGAGAGUCCAGGAGCAAAUGACCAACAUGGAAACCCAUCUCCAAGCCAUUCAGGAAGAAAGGGAUCAACUAGAAAACCAGGUUCAGUCUCUGCAGUUUAAUCAGAACCAGCUGGCUGCCGUGACUCAGGAAAAUGAGGGACUAAGGAGACAGGUAGAGCAGAUGGAAACUGAAGCCAAAAAGGCCAUCUCAGAACAGAAGGUGCGCAUGAAGAGGCUGGGAACAGAUUUGAACAGCGCUCAAAAGGAGAUGAAAGCCAAACACAAGGCCUACGAGAACGCUGUGGGAAUUUUGAGCAGAAGGCUUCAAGAGGCUCUAGCUGACAAGGAGGCAGCAGAGGGGGAGCUGGUCAAACUCAGGGCUCAAGUAUCAGAUGGAGGAAACAGCCAGGCUUUACAGGAAAAGAUUGAAGCUCUUCAGGCUGAGCUGCAGGCUGUGAGCAAAAGCAAAACUAUGCUAGAAAAGGAGCUGCAGGAAGUCAUCAACGUCACUUCAACAGAGCUGGAGGAGUAUCAGGAGAAGGUCUUGGAGCUUGAGGAUGAGCUUCAGGAGUCACGCUGCUUCAAGAGGCGCAUCAAGAAGUUAGAAGAUGCAAACAAGAAGUUGACGCUUGAGCUGGAACACGAAAAAGGGAAGCUGGCGGGAUUAGCACAGUCCCACAGUACGUUGAGGGAUCACACUAAUAUAUUGGAGUCUGCAUUAGCCAAGAGGGAGGCAGAUCUGGUCCACCUCAACUUGCAGGUUCAGGCUGUUCUGAAGCGAAAGGAAGAGGAAGACCAGCAGAUGAAGCAAAUGGUAAAAACUCUACAGAUUGCUUUGGAGAAGGAGCAAACCAAAGUCAAAGACCUGAAAGAGCAGGUGGCAGCAGCAAAGGCUGAAGCAGCUCACAACAGAAGACACUACAGGGCAGCAAUGCUCGAGCUGUCAGAGAUAAAGAAGGAUCUACAAUCUAAAGAAGACCUUGUCAAAGUCCUUCAGAGUGAAGCACAAAAACUCCAAGCACAAGAUGAGCAGCACUCUCGUGAUGUUUCCAUGUUUCAAGAGGAGCUUGCCGAGGCUCAUGGUCAACUCCAGAUUCUCCAGAAACAACUAGAUGAAGAACUGGCAAAGCAGCCACUCACAAACCAAGAGGUUGAAGACCUGAAGUGGGAGGUGGAGCAGAAGCAGAGGGAGAUUGAAGCUCAGAAGCAGCAGUUGGAAAUGAUGGAACAGUGCCACCAAAGGGAGCUGGAUAACCUACAAACUGCACUGCAGGAUAUCAAGGUGGAGCUGGAAUCUGUCCAGGAGGAGUUAAGCAGCACCAGGAAGGACAAAUUUAUGCUGCAGGCUAAAGUGGGAGAGCUGAGAAACAGCAUGAAAACAGUCCUUCUGCAGAAUCAGCAACUCAAACAGGACCUCAAGCAGAGUCGCCUACGAAGGCAACGUAUGGAGUUGAAGACUGAAGGGAAUCCAUCCAACCCAGUGACGCCAGUUAAGAUCCCAGACUGCCCUGUGCCCGCAUCGCUGCUAGACGAGUUGCUGAAACCGUCGGCUUCCGUCAACAAGGAGCCACUCAAUAAUCUCCAUAACUGCCUCCGGCAGCUCAAGGAAGAAAUGGACAGCCUGCAGAAGCAAAUGGAGCAACACACGGUAACGGUACACGAGUCCAUGAACUCCUGGACGGACACAGCAGAAGGACUGGCUCAACUUGAGCUGCAGAACAUUUCCAAAUCCUCAACAGGGGUAAACAAUAUGGUGGAAAAUAACACUGAAACGGAACAGGAGCCAUCAUAAAAAAACUUGUUAACUCUCAGGCAAAGAGGAAGAGUGGAGUUUUAUCCACUAAGGCACUUUUAAGCUCCAUAUUUGCUUUCUCUUUUUUCAACAAUUGCCAACAUUUGGCAUUUCUCCCAUCAGCACAGAAGUGCUUUUGUGGUGUAAUACCGUAUCAACCACAGCUUUAUUCGUAUUAUUUCUCACUUGUUUAUAUAUAAAGUUAUUUUCCAUAUGUAUUUAUUAAGGUUAGUAAUGGCAAAAAAUUGAUUUACUUACUCUUUAACAAUAUGUUAAUCUUCAGUUUUGCUGUAUUGAAUGCAAAGACAAGUUUAAUCUGUUCUACCUUAAGAGUAAAGUUUCAUCAUUUACUGUAAAAUUGGUAAUAAAUCAGUGGCAUCAUUGCUGCCUAAUAAUACCUAACAUCUGUAUUUCAAUGACUACAAUGUGUUCUUCCAUUUCUAUGUGCCUGUUGACUCGUGUCAUUUAUUGAUGAUUUUACCAAAACAUUCAUGUUUGAUAACAGUUUGUAAUGAAAUUGUCUCUCUACUGUCUGCUCAGAUAUUAUAUAUUUUGCCACAUGGUAAAAAAAAGGUUCUAGGUUGGACUUUGUUUCCUAAAGUGAGUCUGUCAACAUUAAUCCUAAGUUUUAUGUGUCUAGCUCGGACUGCAGUAAAUUUAUAAGCAAAAAAAGGAGCCUUAAGCAAUCUUUGACGUGCUGAAAAGAACUCAAUUGAGUUGGAUGGCUAUUUUUCUGUUGUGUGUGCAAGAUGUUUUGUGUUUCAUAUGUGGGUUAAAAUUCUUACUAAACUGAAAAGUUUGUUUAAAUUUUAUCACACCAACUGACAUUGUAUGAUUAAAACUGAAGCGACUGAUGAAGCUAUUUAAUGAAAAAAGAUUACUGCUUGAAAUGAUUGUUUUCUGUUACGUUUGAUACAUUCUGUACUUUCAAAAAAAGGAUAGAACCCUUUAAUCGCCUCCUGUUUUUGUUGUUUAAUUCUUCUCUGGGAUUGUUGGAUAUGUUAAAUGUUUUCAAAGGUUAAUAUAUACACGGUUGUUUUUUGUAUAAUUGUGAAAUGACCAUAAACGUCGAAUGGAAAGAUGUAACUUAAGAUAUCAAAUGUAAACCAAAUCUGGCUGUAUAGUUACAUCUGGAUUGCAGUCUGAGUAUCCAGUGGAUAUUUAAAAAAUUAUACAGCAGCUUUCUGUAUGCAAUUAGGUGCAGAUCCUUUGUUCUUUCAGUAAGACAAAAAGGCAAACGAUUUUGAAUGCUUUUUAAGAUGGUGUUUUUUUUUCCCAGAGGGACAGUAAAUAUAAUUAAGAAUGCUUGUAUUGGAAAACUAACAUUACAUGUAUUUAUAUUCUGUAUUAUAAGAGAAAAAGGCUGUACCUAUAAACUUGCACCUUGCUAUGUUUCUUUUUCUUCCCCCAGAGAUUGGAAAUGUUUGAUUGCUUAUUGGUCAUCUGUUUUGGGAGAUGUGAUUGUAUUCAUGAUAAAGUUGCACUAUUCAUCUGCCA